CUCCAUCGUACAGAACCGGGAAACGAUCGUUUCCUCUCAUUGGGGGGAAUCGCGCCGCCCGUCCGUUCACCUCGUCCCGUCUAUCACCCCCCUGCCCCCCAUCUCCGCCUCCUUCCUGGUUCCCGAGGGGCGGGGUUUGGGUGAUUGCUAUUGUGUUGUGAUGUGAUGAUCGCAGACUGAGAGAGAGAGAGAGGAGGAAAAAAAAAAAAAAAAAACAUGGCGGAGAGCUGUGCGUGUCUGCUGGUGCUCAGCACCGUGUUUGUGUGCAACCUCCUAAAAAGCCAGCUUGCUGCUUUAUCCUCGAUUGUAUCCAGGUUUCUGCAGAAGGAUGCCGAGCAGGAGUCUCUCAUGAGGUCUGACAUUCAAAUUAUGAGACAGGAGCUCGUCAGUAUUAGCAUGAUGGAUGAGUUUGCAAGAUACGCCAGGCUGGAGCGUCAAAUCAACAAGAUGACUGAUAAACUUAAAACCCAUGUAAAAGCCAGAACUGGCCAGCUAGCCACGAUCAAGUGGGUUAUCAGUAUUGUUUUUUAUGUGCUACAGGCUGCUGUGAUGAUUUGUCUUAUAUGGAAGUAUUACGCUGAACCUGUCACCGUGCUUCCCAGUAAAUGGAUUGCACCUCUGGAACGCAUGGUUGCCUUUCCCACAGGAAUUGCAGGUGGAGUUGGCAUUACAUGUUGGCUGGUGGUGUGCAACAAAGUAGUGGCCCUAAUGCUGCACCCUAUCAGCUGAGAAGGUGAGAAUGCAGAGAAGCGACUUCCCAGUCAACGGCGCUGAAAGCGAUGUAUUGUCUGCAGCUUCCAUUCUAUCUAUUUAUUCAUUUGUACUGAAAAAUGUGAUGUAUUCAUGUGCCUGUGUUUCAUUUACUGACAGGUAAAGCCAUGCCUGUCAAGUCAUGUCAUAAAGUCACUUUAUCUUAUUGUUUUUACAUACAAUUGCGUAUUAAGCAUCUGGAAUAAAGCAAUGCCUGAUAAUACCCCA